CAGGGUGUUUUUUGUUUUUGUUAAUUACUGUACAGUUGAAUUGUAGAGAUUCGAUUCUAUCGAUUAAGAAUCGGUCGUUCAACGCGAAUCAGGGUGUUUUUUGUUUUUGUUAAUUACUGUACAGUUGAAUUGUAGAGAUUCGAUUCUUUGUAUAACAAGCAUCAAUUCAAUGGAUUUCAAGCAUCAUCGAUAAACCGUGAUCUUUUUUUUGUAGCUAAGGUCAACACAAAAAUAUCGAUUCUACAUCGAAGGCUUUACUGUUUGGUGAUCAACCCUCGCUCGUUAGGGUUCGUUCCUCCCGAGAGGUUUUACUUAUAAAACAAAACUCGCCUUACAACUUUGAUUAGGGUCGUUUUGAAGUUUCAAGACCGGAACUUCAUCAUCAUCGCAGAAUGGCCCUCUGCGUCAAUCUCGACGAGUGCAAAAGCUUUUCAGACAUCAUCACCAGGAUCCGCUCCUUCGGAAAGUGCGUCGACGUCGGGGACGUCGAGAGUUUCAAAGGGACGAAGAAAAAGAUUGUCGUUGGCACGGUUAUUGAAAUCUACCCGAGGGUCCGUCCCAAAUCUCUUGAAGGCGGAAGAUGCGAGUGUUGGACGAUGAUGCUGAAAACAUUCGGUCCCAAAAAUAAAAAAGGAAUCAGGAUAAGAGUCGUCUUCUUGGGGGACAUCGUCCACCGUUUGGAACUGAAUCAAGUCCACGAGAAAGAUGUUUUGUGCAUCAUUAACCCGAAGCUGAUGAAAUCUCCGUCUUCGUUGACACUAGUCGUAGGGCCGACUCAUCCCAUACCGAUCGUUUGGCAUUGUAAACCUUUAGUUAAGUUUGAUACAUUGGAAUUUGAUGGUGACUUUCCAGAACAGAUUAUGAAUGCAGAUGAAGAAGUGGCUAAUGUGCGUGAUCGAGAUAAAGACGAGACGGUUGACAAAGAAAAAGAAAAAAAGAAAAGUGUCAAAUCCGACAAAAAUGAGCAUGUCGUUGACAACUUAAAACCCGCAAUUGAGGAUCAAACUCUUGAUAUGCCUUUGUCAGUCGAUAAUAGUGAAAUUCAGGCUGAAAUAGUGAAACCGGCAUCAGUGACAAAGUCAAACAAAGCACCUGUAAAAUUAAAGGAUGCUGCAAAUAAGCCGGUUACGAUAACUGACGAAUCGCAGACUUCCUCCUGUCGUUGUAAAUGCAACGAAGAGAAUAGUAGUAAAAAUCGAAUUCCCAAUGGUAAAAAAGAUAGGUACAACGUGAAAUGCUGCUGUUUAAAGCUUAUAUUGAAACUCGACACUUUAUUCGGCUGUUGUGUCCAUGGCACAACGUGCGCCAGGAAUCUUUCCAUACUCGAGCUUCUGAAAAUGAAUGCAGAAGGAAACUCUCAUCGGCAUAUAAAGGAGGGGCCGCAGCACCGACAUUGUUGGUCACCUAUUAAUAAAGGGCCAGUUUCUCAAGAGAAUUUUGAAAAUUGUGAAAGCAUAAGUGAGAACGACGCCGUGAGAGCGCCUUCGAGCUUGCACGAGGAAGAAUGCGCUCUACCUAGGUUAGAACACGCUUCUAGCACACCCAUUCCGAACAGGACUGAAGAGUGGGUCAACACUUUAGAAGAGUGUGGACUUUCAGUAGACAAAGGGUGUGAAAGAAGCCCUAAGAGGCGGAUCAGUCCUGAAAAAGUCACCCAGCCUCAGAUAAGGAAAAAACUCAGGUUGUUUACCGUUCCGGAAGGUUCUGACAUUUUCAUGAAAGAUGUCACCGUACCGCCGAACAGUGCGACCAAUUCGCCAUUGUCAAAGAUGAAUAAAUCACCGGAAGUUAUCAAUCUCAUAGACUCAGAGCACAGCAGCACAGUGGAACAGAUCGAACAGAACGAAGACUCUGAACCGACGUUGGACUUGAAUAAAUUGGUUCAGGACAGCGACAGUGAAGAAGAAGAAGACGAAUACAGUUCGGCUCAAAACAGCCCUGUCAAUAAAACAGUCCCUGUAAUGAUGGAGGUUGAAAAUCAUUCUGGGAGCCACAAUAGUACGGAAGAGCUCGAUUCGAAUACAACCCAUAAAAGGAAAUCACAGAAAAAAGGACCAGGGCAAACUUCUUGUGAGAGUUCGAGGAUUGCACGAGGGCAAAUGUUGGCAGAAUUGUUACGAAUGCCGAAUGCCGAAUAUGAGGUUAGAGGCUUCCUUGUUGGCAUGUUUCCCAUGCCGGAAAUAAACCGUUACCUCGACCUCGUCAAAGCGAUAUGUAAAAGAGGGUGUUCGAAAGCGUUCCCGAUGUCUGAUAUUGAUUUAGACUGGGCACGCCUCGACUGCGGCGACUGCAGCUCGAAACUGCACAGUUUUUGUACAGAAUGUGUCGAUAAAGGCGUGGCCAGUCCUCUUUGUUUUGAGUUUUGUUUCGAACUUCACCUCCUACUUGGUAACAAGGUGUUGCGCAUUCAGGCAAGUGGUAAAGAAGCUGAAUAUUUCCUCGAUUGCACUAUAAGUAGAUAUUUGUCAAAACCAGUUGUCGUUAGUAGAACGGUCUGCAUGUUAAACUCAAUAAUGACUAAAAAACCUAAUUCAAAACCUGAUACAUUUGGUUUAGUUUUAAAAAUAAAAAACUCCAACUCAUACGAUGUAGUUCCGAAUUUGUACAGGACAAAACUUAGCAAAUGUAGGACUCUUGCAUAAAAAAAAGUUACAAAUUUUAAAGAAAUACUUU